AUGGAGAAAAGCCUAAAACACAGAAAGCGGAAAAAUAGCCAUACAGACGCGGUACUGUUAGAACAUCAUGGGGUGGUUGGUAUCGAAAGGGGCGAGGCCGUCUUAGCGAGCGGGGUGGCAAACUUGGGCAAAGGGGAAAACGAGAGCGAACGGAUGGGAAAAAGAAAAGUGGCGAAAAAGGUGCAGAAGACCGAAAAGACGGAAAAAAAGGACAGAGCCGAUCAGGGCAACCCGCGCAGAAACCAAAGCCCUAGCAGCUUGGGCUCAUCGGUCAUGGCAGCAGCCCGAUCCAAAAGGAACGACGGCGAGGUAAGUAGCGAGGUUUGUACCGAGGUUAGCAGCGAGGUUAGCAGCGAAGUUAGAAAGGCCACCCCCGAGGGCUAUGAGUACGAUCUUGGAAUUGACAACGACGUGGAGAACGAAAUGGAUGACGAGUACGACGAUGACAUGAAUAGCCACAUGGAAGACGCGCAGUUUGACUUGUGCGACUCCCAGGACUAUGAAAAUGAGUUGGAGGAAAACAACACAAAAGGGAAAGGGAGUUUAAAGAAGAACCUUAGGGACAAUUCGGGUUACACAGACACGGAGGUUUCCUACGUGAGCGAAAUAAACAAAAGCAAGCUGGACGCGAAAAAUGACUGCUGCUGUUGUUUCGCUAGGAGGGGGAAGAAGUACAACAGCGUGGGUGUGAAGAACGGAGGGGGGGUGAAGAGCGGAGGGGAUGUGAAGAACGGAGGGGAUGUGCAGAGCUGUGGCGAGGUGAACCAUUGCAGCCGGGUGAACCAUUGCGCGUGCGCAAAAAAUGGGCAGAGCAUAAACCAAGAGCGUGGGAGUCAAAGCCAGAAGAGGAAGAAAAACGUAAGCAGCGAGCUGAAGAACAUGGACUGGUUAAUCUACACCAUAAGAUACAUGGAUUAUAGACGCCUGCGAAGAAGGUUCAACGGAAUAAGGAAACCAACAUCGAAAAAAAUUGUCUUUAUUAUAACCAUAUUCUGUUUAAUCCUGAUAUCGUGGAAGUAUUUCAAGACGUCCUAUGAGAACAGCAUGCUUACAAUUAGCUUCAAAGUUCAAACGUCCUUUUUAUUUUUUGUAGAAGCUGCAUUGGUAAUCAUCGGAGUCAUCAUUUUUGCAAAGUUCCAAACGAGACUGAGCUUACAUUGGCCUAUUUACGCCUCAUAUAUAUUCAUAAUAUGUGCAUCCAUUUUGUUAAUAUUCUAUGAGAAGGAUAAAUAUGAUAAAAUUUCCAGGGGGGAACACAUAUUGAUGAUUUAUGGAAUAGUUCAGUUAUCCCUAAUAAUUAUAGUGAAAAUUAUUAUUUGUAUCGGUCCUCUUUUGGCUAUAUAUGGUUUUUUCUGUCCAUGUACAGAGCACUGUCGAAUUUUAAAGAAGAGAGUAGCAACGAAUAAGUUAAAUAUAACGGUAAGUCGAUACAACGAUUUUGCUGGGAUGUGUGGAAAUAAUUUCUGCUGUUUGUGUCUCUGUGCUUAUCGAUCUUUCUAUCGUAUUGUAAACUGUUUUUAUAAAAAAUUUUCUAGUUUGCGUUUUAAAAUGACAAAUGAUAGUAUCAAUGAGGCCCCUUUUAGUCACCAACUAAGGUAUAAGGGGAAAACUGACAUAUAUGGUCGACCUCAUGGAUAUGGAGAAUGGAUUGAAGAUCAUUCAUAUGGAGAGAAACUAAGAGGUUUCUGGUUCCAUGGGUACCCAGUAGGUCCUUUUAUAUCACAAGAAGUUGGAAGUGGAUCUCUAUUCGUUAAUACAAGAGUUGGCUUCGCUGCUUGUGUAGGAAAAGAUUGGUCAGAUGUACAAUACGGCGUUUCAUGCACAGAGUGCUCUAUCAGUGGCCACUUUUUCAACGAUUUUCCUUUGACCUAUUUUUUCAAUCCCAAAAUUGAGAAGGAUGCCAAUGGAAGGUUGCCAACCAAUAGGUAUGAUCUCAUUGUGAAGGAUAUUUUAAAAGAAAAUUAUGAGGAAAUUUUAGGUUACGAUUUGAAGUGGUGUUUUAAUAUGCUAAAAGUUAAUAGCAGUACCACAACGGAGUAUUUUUCCAACAACUGUAUGAUUUCUAUUGAUCAUGUGACGAUGAGCUUAAAGGUUCACAAUUACAAACGGUUGGGACCUGUCAAGGGGAGGAAAAAUAACAUCCUAGACGAAAUUACCGUCAAGUUGGUACACCUCCCGAAGGUGAAAAAGGGGAAAAAAAUUUACAAAAGGGAUUAUCCCUAUCGGUUUAGCGGCACUGGAAAUAACGCUGUGCUGUAUUGCAGACCGGAAAAGCACGAUGAACAGGUGAAGGGUCAAGAAGGUGAAGAAUUUUUUUACUCCAAUCAAAACAAAAUUCAUAACAGUAUUAAGAAGCUAAGUGCACAUGGGAACAACCAGAAUUAUGCCACUGAGCUGAAGGAGGACAGCUACCAUUCUUACUACACUCAUAGGCUGUCAGACAAGCUGCUGGACUCUGUAAAUGAUGACAUUUAUUUGUACAAAAUGAACAAGUCGAUCAAAUCGACGGAAAUGCACAAGGCUCCGUACGAGUUCGAUCACAGUGGGAACAGUACCAGUCCUGAUGAGGACGCGAAAAGGGGCGCAGACCGAAUCGGCCGAUCUCUCAACAGUCAAUAUCAUUGUGUUCUUCCCCAUGGGAGCAACUAUUAUGGCGCAAAGGGUAAAUAUCUUAAUCGCCACAUGGGCGGAGACAGCGACAGUGGGAGUUCCCCCGAAGUGCAUUUCGGUAGAAGAAAUGACAAAACAGCCAAUCACGUGCAGCAAAGCGAAUCUGAGGGAAGCUACCCGAAACACCAGCGAGAAGGAGAAAAAAAGCAGAAGAACAAAAACAAAGUUAUCCUACCGAAUGAGCAAGAGAAGAAGUUCGAAUCGGACACAAACCAAAGUAAGAACUCCCCGAGGGCAAAAAAAAGUGACGAACUGAAAUGGAAAGAAAAAAUAGUUAACCCAAAGGAUACAUUAAGUGGAACAUCAAAUUUUGGAGAAAACAAAGCGUUAUUCAUUUCGGAUAUUUUUAAAUCUUUUAUAAAACCGGGAGUAGCCAGGAAUUCAAGAAACAAAAAUGCGAAAAAUAAUUCCAGUGAUGACAUAGAAAAUAGCAAGGAACAAAAAUAUACGGACAAAAGGACAAAGAAUAAAAAAUCGAAAAGGAGUUAUUCAAAUGUGAAUAAAGGAAGGAAAGAAAUUUACAAUAAGACAAUGAAAAAAGUAAGUCUACAUAGAAUGAAAAAUUCAAAGAUAAAAGGAUUUGUAAAAAAGUACACCAGACAGUACAAAAAGGGCUCUAUCUUUAUAACAUCCAAUAAUAAAAAAAUCGAUAAGUUCAUUCGAUCCAAGUACAAUAACAACAGUAAGAAUACGCAAAUAAUAAGCACCUUGGGGGAUACAGUUAAAAGUAUCAACGAAUCCCUUGGCAGUUUGAAUGGCGCCAAUUUAUCAAGUUAUAACAUGAAGAGGAAUAAAACCAUUGCACAGGUGUUCGCGGAGGAAGAUGAAUGGGAAAACUAUCGCCAUCAACACAAGGAAAAAAUUAUUGUGGAAGGUUGGCAAUCAUUAUCUUUAAAACAAAAUUUAAAUUUUAUGCCAGAAGAAAUUGUUAUAUAUAUACAUGGAUACAAUGUAAAAUUACAUCAAGGGUGUUCUCAGUUGGCUCACUUGGUUUCUUUUUCCAAAUUGCCGUCCUAUAUCCAACCGUUUGUUUUUCAUUGGGAAGGGUACAUGUGGGGUGCGUUUUCGGCUCUGUCCUACCCGAUCGCCAAGAAAAGAUCCGAGAUGGAAGUGCUGGGAAAUUCUUUCAAAAAAUUUAUACAGGAGCUUAUAAACUCGGGAAUUAAGAAUGUGCAUAUCAUAAGUCACUCCUGUGGUUCGAGGCUCUUUUUUAACGGCUUCGCUAGCUGCGUGGAGGACAACCUUUUUUAUAACGUACUGAAGAAUGAGAAGCCGGCGGGGAAGAAGGGGGAUGCCGAUGGGCGCGGGGCGAAGCGCGCUGCGGGUAACGACGAUGUUAGCCAUGUUAGCGGUGUUAGCGGUGUUAGCGAUGUUAGCGGUGUUAGCGAUGCUAGCGAUGCUAGCGAUGUUAGCCACGUUAGCUCUGUUAGCCGUGUUAACCUUGUUAGCGGCGGUGAUGGAAACGAGAAGUGCCGCGUGGGGGCAAGUGCGAUGGGACGCCCAACAGACAAGAAGCGGAAAAAAAAAAAACAAGUCAUAGUCAAAACAGUCAUUUUACUGAACCCAGAUUACCCGCUGGACACGUUUUUAGAAAAAGACUUUUUCGUUCUGAGGAGCCACUGCAACCAUAUCGUCAUGUAUGGAGACACGAGGGAUCAAGCCCUGACCUACUCCGAGACAUGGAAUCGAGAAAAGUGCUUAGGGAAGAGAAUUUUCAAGUUGAAGUUACCCCUGUACAAAAUAUACAAUUGUGAAGAUUACAUGAAUUUAAAUUUGGACCGUAGUAAUUUCCUUACGGGGAAUUACGAGGACAAGUACAAAAUGUGUGAUAACGUUUUAUUCCCAAAUUCUUCAUAUGUGGAGGAAAAAAUGAAGUUGAAGCAAAGUCAGAGAAUCGGGGAGCAGUUUGAUAGGGGCGAGAGGCAACAUCAGAGAGCGAAAGAAAAUGAGAGAGAAGAAAGUCAGGCACAAAAUAGAUUUACGAAUACUAAUGCAAAUAUCAGUGGGAAUGAUCAGCAAGUCAAUAAAACUAUUCGUAAGACAUCCACAUAUGACUAUGAUGAAGGUGCCUCGUGCAUUUCUGAUGAUUUAGCGCAGAAUUACCUGAAUGAAAAUUUUCUCAAAACUGUGGAAUUCAGUGACUCCAGUUUAAGGGCCUUUACAUCCAAAAGGAGGUUUAAAAUAUCCAGGGCCUUUAAAAAAAUUAAAAGAAAAUGGCUAUUCAAAAAUAAGAAAAAUCACAUUUAUUUUAACCAGAACUCUAUUAAUAGGCCUAAUAAUAUAAAAAUGAAAGAAAGGGUAUCUAAAACUUCAACUCAGACUUGUAGAAAAACAGACACUGUUUAUAUUUCCUUUGAUAAAUAUGCUUGGCUAGACAUGGAUGUGAUUGACACAACUUUCGUUGAAACGAAUGUGGAUUUUUUAAAGCAUUCUUUUUAUCAGGUAAAAAGAGAAAUUAUUGAUGACAUACGGGAGGUACUGAUUUCGAAUAUACGUGCGCAUGAGCGUGUCAGCCGGUUGGACAGACGGAGAGGCAACGUCUUUGUGCUGCGCGUAGCUCCAGCCGGGGUUGGCAGCCUGCAUCGGUAA